CUAGACGUCUAUACAGAAAAGUUCAGAGCCCAAGCCGGGAAAGAGCUAGAGAAUUGCUGCUUUCAAAACGUUAAAGCAUUCCUACUGAGGGCGUAUCUGGACGCUCUCCGGGGAAAAUUAGAAUCCGCCACAAUAUUUAACAGCAUAGCUUGCGCCAUGGCAAAACGUUUAGGGCUGCACGUAGAUUGCACUGCUGCUGAAGCACAGGCAUCUAUUCCCUCUCCGCAACAGACGAGGGAGCGACUGGCAAUAUUUUGGGCCACCCUUUGGUUUGACAGACGACUCGCAAUCCUUGAAGGACGGGCUUGUCAUAUCGAUCACGUUGACAUCUCGAGCCCACGGCCCUUAGAACAGAUGAAGGCAAAGGACAAUUAUCCCGGCCUCCCGCUAUCCCUAGAACUUGUAUACGCCUUUUCACACGCUUCCACGAAAGAAGAUGCGACUUCAGAAGGCCACCUGAACUAUAUUUCAUGGUUUUCUUCAUUGCCGAACACUAUGAAGGACAUAUCCAACGGGAAGCCGUUUCACCCAAGUUUUCUAUCAUUUCACAUCGGUUUCCAUGCAGGACUCAUUCUCCUGCACCGCACCUCUCUUAAUGAGGUUGGAAGAGGCGCAGAGCUGUCUAACCAGAGAUGCCGCGAAUCUGCCGCCACAAUUACGACAUUGUUGAAAUCCUAUUACGGACAUUUUAAGGAAUCUGUAGCGGACCCGAUGGUUCUCCACGCGGCUUUCACGGCUGCGCUCGUCCAUCUCGUAUUGCUUCUAGACCCAGAUAUCGUGACGUAUAGGUCAUCUUUGAAAGCGCUUCGAUCGACAACGCGGAUCCUCUCCGAGUUUUCACACACUUCGCCCUACGCUGCAAAUAUUCUGACGGAUUUACAAGAAUUUGCAACUCGGUGGUCUAUCCUCCCCGCAAACUCACCCAAAUUCUGG